AUCGCAAUGAUACAUUGAUUACUUCGAGCGUAAUCAAAUGAAUUAACGUAAGAUACAUCGAAAUCUUGAAAAUCGUAUUACAUUAUUAUUACGAUUCGAUACGUUCAAUCUUUUUCUCUCAUUUGUUGAUCGUUCGAUUAAAAAAUUUCUAAUUGAAUAAUCGCUUGGAAAAUCGAUGUCUGUAUUCAGGCAUUCAGUGUGUGGACCGCGUCGCGUCGUCUUCUAUGCAGAGUGUAUCGUAUAACUAAAUCGUCUUGAUCAUUUCCGUUACUCCGAAACGAUCUAAAUCUUUUAUGUUUCGACAUUUCACGUUUUCACUAUAUUUUUCUUUUUACAAGUAUUAUUAUUAUUAUUUUUAUUUAUUUAUUUUUCUUUUAUUAGUUUAAUAUUUCGAUUCGUAACGAACCGUACAAUCUUCGUAAAUUUUAUAAUAUUUUCGUAGAUCUUUAAACAAUGCCAUCAGUCACAAUAACGUAUAACAAUGUUUUGUUACGUGUUAAAAUGUUCGAAAGAGGUGAGCGUUCGUUCAAGUACGUUCAAGUUGUUGAACAGCAUUUUAAACACUCUGUGAGAUUGACAGCCUUCUGAACACGUUCCUUUUUGAAUGCUCCGUUCCAUUGUGCCUUUCAUUCUAACAGUGAAAAUGUAUUGCAUAGGAUACACGAAGAAUUAAAGAGAGAGAAAACUGUUUGAAAAUUUGUUUCUUCGAAGCCUCUGACCGUUUUGAAAAUAGUGAUUGACAAUUAGAGAUGGGCAGAAUUUUAUGCAAAUAAUAAUAGAUAAUAAAUAAAGCCAACAUAUUGCAAGCUGCUUCAAUUUAUUCAAUCGUUUCGUUUAAUAUUCGAGUUAUAAAUAAUAUAGAACAUUUAAUUAUUGGAUAAAUAUGUUUUUUAUUCGUUAGUCGAAGCUUCUAUCCUCGUUGACAACCACUAAAAUAAAUAUAUUUUUUUUUAAAUAGUUGGUAGUUAAACGGCUAUUGUAAAUAAACACCAUGAACAAUACAUUACGUUAACGUUGUAGAUAUUUCUGAAGGAAAUUAGAUAAGAGAAAGCAUUUUCAAAUAGUCUAUUUAAAAGCGGCGAUGAUCAAGGUGAUCAAGUUGUAUGGUUCACCCUGUAUAUGUAUUUUUUUUUGUAGGCGGAUCGGACCUGUACCUUAUACAUACCGGGUGUCCUGAAAGAACAGGAAUUUCUGAAUGUAAAACUGCGAGGACAGUGAACAGUGUUAAGAUAAACCUUUAGGGUAAAUGAUCCCCGAACAGAAAAUAGUUAAAAAUGUUAGAUUUUGUCGGCGCCAAAAUGUUUAAAAUCGUUUCGUGUCUUAUCCUCCUUUUGGGCGUAAAAGAGUCGAACAAAAUGCCUGGACAACUGCAGGAAAUCAAAGCCAAGCGCGCUACUUUUGGAAUGGGCUGCUUCUGGGCAGGUGAUUGCCUCUUUGGAGUAUUACCAGGUGUCAUCAGGACCUGUGUGGGAUACGCGGGUGGACAGAAGGAGUCGCCAACAUACAGAAAUAUAGGCGACCAUACGGAAGUCGUUGACAUCGAGUACAAUCCUGAUGUGAUAUCGUACCCGCAGCUACUCGCCCUAUUUUGGCAGAAUCACGAAUACGGCCUUACUACGAAGAUCAAGCGACAGUACAUGUCCUUAAUUUUGUAUCACGAUGAAGAACAGAAAUUACUGGCUGAGAACACACGCGAACGUCAGCAACGUCGACGUACAGAUUUGGUUCUCACCGAGGUUAGAAGAUUCGAGAGAUUUUACCCAGCCGAAGACUAUCAUCAAAAGUAUCGACUCAGAAAUCAUCCGUGGUUGAUCGAGAGUACCGGUCUCACCAGCGACGAAGUCCUUCGGAAUUCUCCCUUGGCCGCCAAGUUGAAUGGGUACAUAGCUGGUGCUGGAACACUCGAACAGUUUGAGAAGGACCUGCCAAGUCUUGGCUUGAGCGAGAAAGCGUCGCAGUAUUUGCAAAAAUAUGUGAUCGAAACCCAGGGAAAUGGUUUAUAUUGCUAGCCAAUGCUAAACGUACAAUAUUCGCGAAUUAUUCACACGAGACCUAUAUUGAAGCAAUUCAAUUCUUCGCGAGGAGAAGUUUUAAGGCUUAUUUGCGUUGUUCCGAUAUCCUGUUCGCCUGUCUCUUAGGAAAAUGUGUUUGGCCCUUUUGCUACGGCGAAACUGGUCUGCGGUACGCCACCGUUGAGCGGGAUUCCAAAUCGUGAGCGUACGUUUUUUGUAAGGGCUAGAUGUUGACCGUAUAUAAAUAUAGUGAUCUUAUUAAUUUAAUUUCGAGAAGGCUGUACAGUGAUACCCGCUUGGUUGCGAGCCAUUAAAUGAGGUUUCCUUAGCGGAGAAAAUCCCAUUUAGAGGCUGUGUAUAGUAUUAGUGAUAAACAUAAAUGCUUCAACCAAAUUUUGCUUGGUUUUAACCAAGUAAAAUUCGUUUGGAACGAAUUAGUCUGUCACCAGAAGUAAAUUAGUUAUCCAUGUGGUCUGUCUUAAGUGCCUCACCCCAUACAUGUGCGUACUAUAUGAAGAGCGUUUAUACACUCGUAUAUCCACUCGUGGUAGUAAAAGAGUUGAAACCAUCUAUUUAGAAUUUAAACAACGCGAAUAAGUAUUUAGCAUGAUUUUAGAAAACAAUUUACGCGACAGGUAUCCUUUGUUAGUAUUACAUUCUCUCGUUUCAUAUAACUGUUAUCAUAGCGCAUAAGUCUCAUCAACAGGAUAUUCAUUAUACGCGAAUACAUCGCACGAUUGUUUGUUUGCACGCUCAAUAGUUCAUGGGUAUCUUAUUUCUUAAAAGCUGGUUAAAAAGAUGCUUACAGUAAGAAUGCUAGAUAGGCUGUGAAAAAUACGUAAUAACUCUUUUUGCAAUGAUUUCCUUAACUACCGUGUACGUUCUAUAAGUAUUAUAAGUUUAAUCACGAUACUCUCUACUCGCAUAAAAUGAAUAGACAUAGACCAUACAAUUAGAAUAACGCGGAUUUUUCUUUUAAACAGUUUAAGUUACCCGUUUACGAUAACAUAGUAUAAUUAAUAUAAAUUUAUAAUUAUCCAUAAAAAUGUUAUUAUGCAGCAUUUGUUGUUAACAAUCUCAUUGGCCGUGAGUUUUGAACAAUGUACAUAACUUUCGGACAACGGCGUUAUCUCAAACGCACGCGCGUAUACACAUAUACGGCCUCAGACACACGCAUAUUUAAAUGUGCUUAUUUCUUUACAUGCUUUAUGUGUCUUUUAUACCUUAUUUAUGUGUAACUGGUUUGCAUUAGGAAAAUCAAAAUAUAUGUUAUAACUGUCUACAAAAUUUACUGAAACAUGAAAAUAAUAACAGUGAUUUCCAUGUAUGUA